CCCCGGCACCGCCUCCUCCCGCCUCUGGGCCGUUCCCCAGGGCGGUGUUUCCCGGCAGGUGCCCUGGGCUGGGCUGCCGGGGCCGGCCGGACGCAGCCCCCGGUGGGCUCUGCCGGGCCCAGCCGGCCUCACCGACCUGCGCGGCUCGGGCCUUUCCCUGCUGCUCGGCUCUUGUGUGCCUGACACCUUAACAAGAGAAGGCAUUUGCCUGAGCAUCCUCCAGAAAUAGGUAACAAACUCAAGGGACUAGGGGCCUUGCAGUUGGAAAUUGACUUUGACCAGCUAGACUUGCCACCCAGCAUGAUGCGUGGGUCACAGAAGGGACUGACCAAAGGACAACUCGGAACGGCUCCCGGGAAGACCACCUGAAGACCCCACCUGAGGACCCUAAGGCGCAUGGAUAAGGAAGAAAAAAGCAAAUAUGACAAUGAGUUCCAGGAAAUCUGAUGCACAUCGGUCUGGUAGGACAACAUAGGCCUUGCCUGUUGUCGCUUACAGCAUGCGUGACUUUGAGAACCCUCCCUCGUGCAUCCAGCGCUGCAAUAGAAUGCCUGCCUUCUUCUGAAGCUUAAGGACAAGCGUUAGAGGGUUCUUUCUGCAACCAAAUUUUAUGGUAGCUAGCCAAGAGUGUGUGGUGGCCUCUGUGUGAAGCAGCUCUUGAGUCUCUGCUGGGAUUUGUGUACGUUGCUCCUUUGCCAUAGGAAAGAUGCAUCAUUAUUAGAUGUCAGACCAGUUGUCACCUGUGCUAAGCUGCAACCAAGAUGGCUAAGUACAGACUUGUUCUCUUGAGACAUGGGGAAGGAGCCUGGAACAAGGAGAAUCGCUUUUGCAGCUGGGUGGACCAGAAGCUGAGCAGUGAUGGGAUAAAGGAAGCUCAGAACUGUGGCAAACACCUCAAAGCGCUGGGCUUUGAGUUUGACCUCGUCUUCACCUCCGUACUCAGACGCUCCAUCCAAACUGCAUGGCUCAUCCUGGAGGAGAUGGGCCAGGAGUGGGUCCCCAUUCAGAGUUCCUGGCGACUGAAUGAACGUCACUAUGGUGCACUGAUUGGUCUCAACAGAGCAGAAAUGGCUCUGAAUCAUGGGGAGGAGCAAGUGAAACUAUGGAGGAGAAGCUAUGAUGUUACGCCACCUCCCAUAACUGAAUCUCAUCCUUACUAUGAAGAGAUCUACAAUGAUCGCCGGUAUAAAUGCAGUGAUGUCUCUCAGGAUAAUCUCCCAAAGGCUGAAAGUCUGAAAGAUGUGCUUGAUAGACUCCUUCCCUAUUGGAAUGAAAAGAUAGUGCCAGAACUGAAAAGUGGCAAAAUGAUCCUUAUCUCUGCUCAUGGUAACAGCAGCAGGGCAUUGCUGAAGCAUGUGGAAGGCAUCUCUGAUGAGGACAUCAUCAAUGUCACGCUCCCUACUGGUGUGCCCAUACUUCUUGAACUUGAUGAAGAUCUGCACCCUCUGGGCCCUCACCAGUUUCUGGGUGAUCAAGAAGCCAUCCAAGCUGCCAUCAAAAAAGUGGAAGAUCAAGGGAAAGUAAAAUCUGCUGAAAAGUAAAAUCCCACUGCUGAACACAGCUAUUUUCAAAGUGUUUUAAUAGGUGAUUUAUGUAUGACUGCUAGGUUGCACUGUGUAAAAAUCUCAGUUUCAAGCACUAAAUAAUUGAGACAGUUGCUGAGUCUCAGGUAGGUAGAUUAACCCUCUGCCUUUUAAAAACUGGAAUUUAGAUCUCAGCUUGAGGUUACAAAUACUGAAAAAAGAAAUGAAGAGAUCAUUCAGGUAAAGGAAAAUUUCAGGGUGGUGUGCCCCAGAUCUGGGGUUGAGUAUGGCCCAGUACAGAAUUAAGAGAUGGUAUUAGUGUCUACCAGUGAUCAGUCCUCAUCUGUUAAGGGGAAAAGCAUUAGCUUACUGGACUAGUUAAGCUCAAGUUGUUGCAGGCACUAAAGCUUUCUCACUAAUAAGACCACACCAAGUAACAGAGUUAUCUAGUAUGAUUCUUCAGUGUCAACACAAUGACAAUUUGUUCUGGAUGGAGUUCCUUUGGUCUUUCAAAACAUAGCUGUACAACUCUUUGCCUUUGUUAUUUUGAAUCUUCCAAGGCCAGUUCAUGGUCCAGAGGAGAAUUUUAUAGAGAUGUUCAGACCAUUAUAGUUACCAUAGUUGUAUUUUGCUACAGUAUAUUCCAAUUUUUUAAGGAAACUAGAAGGAAUCCCUUUUCCUCCACCAUGUUUGCAAAGCCUAGCAUGACUGCAUUUUGCUGACUUACAAUAAUAUGAUUUAGUUCAGACUUCAGUCCACAAACUAAGCACAAAGAUUUCCUUCUCAAUGUUUGAAUUAUCACAUAGCUCUUAGUGAGUGACCUGAAUAACUUUGAAACACUUAAGUAGCAUGUGCUAGAGGUUUGAUCACUCUUAUUCAAGUUGUUAGAAUAAUUCCUGUUUACAUUAGUAAAACUGGAUAUAGAAUAAAACCACACUCUUAAGCUUUCCUGAGUUGCGAAGAUCUUCGAGAUAAACAUGUUCCACAGUAAAAUUACUGUGGUGUUCUCUGUAUUGAUUUCUCUGGAGGGCUGGGAGAGGAGAUGUAUAAGGCAUGUAAAAUGUGUUACUGGGUGCAGCUCAUUCAGCCAUCAUGAGCUGAGUAGAGAAGGAUAUUCUGCCAUGCCUGACAGUUUUCCUCUAAAACUGUCCUCACAAUCAUAGCUUGAUUCCUGCUGAGCGUGGCAUUGCUGUUAAAUUUGGCUCUAAAUUCAAACAGUUCACACUGUGGUUGGGUGUAGUGUAGCUUGUAUGGCAGUGUGAUGCUCUCUUUAUGUACGCGAGCAUUAGGAUCAUUUCUCCUUUUGAAGACUUGCUCUAAUCUUACUUGCAAAGAUGAAUCUGUUACUUAAAUUUAGAUCUGGCCUAGUGUCUCAACACCUGAGCAUCUGGAUUCUGACCUCAGGUAUAAGCAUGCAUAUCACUUGGCUAUGUACUGUUUGAACUUAAUGUGUUCUCAGCAUGGCCAGCUAAAAAUCUCUCAAGAUAAGCUGAUGAGAAUUCCCUUGGUAUGAUGAUAGUACAAACUUUGAAAAUCAUAGAAUAGCUGUGUCUUUACAGUGAGCAGCUCUGUAGCUCAUUUCCUAAGUGUGAGAGGUUGUUUUUUUCCCUUUGAGGAGAGCAGUGUGACAGGAUGGUGUGUAUCUGCUAUAUGGAGGUAGACUUCCCAGGUCUGAUGCCAGCUCACAUUAGUGUAGCACAUACUCUGUAAGAUCUCUUGCUAGAUGGUAGUUUCUCUUGCAUGAAUGAUGCUUGGGCUUCUCUUCGGUUUUUUUGUGGCCCUUGCAUUAGGAACAAAGCUGUGUUUCCCUUUUAACCAUAAAGCUGAUAGGUUUCCUCUGGCUUUGUACAAGCAAGGAUAUUUCAGUGUGUUUUCUCUGAAGUACUACUGGCAGCUUCCCAGCUACUCUUAUUUGGCACUGAUUUAUUCUCUUCUGGGUUAUUAGUUUUCUGUUCAUAGAGUAACUCUGAAUCUUAGUUGAUACUUUACAAGUCAGUGUUACAGAAUUAGAUUGUUGAUCAGCAGAUAUUCAUCUGUCAAUGCCCUCAGAAGGUACUCAAGUGGUUAGAUUCUUGCCCAAACAUUCAAUAAUGUGUCAAGUUCCAGUAUCAAGUAAAAGUCACUAUAGACUUGUUCAGAAGGCAAGCAGAGCCACCUGAUGUCAGUGGGAGCUGCAGGCAUCCAGAUGUGUGGGCUUACAGGCCUUGGCUCUCAGGUAUUGUAAGGUAGAACUUCUUCAGGACUUGAGAUGCAACUGGAAUAUACUUGGAAAUCAUCCCGGCUGAACUGGGAGAUGUUCUCUCCUUCCCUUCUCUUAGAGAAUUCAUGGUUUCUUUUGGGGAUAGAGUGGGAAACGGAAAGGUGGAUGAGUGAAUGUAGAAAGCAUUAAUAUUUCUUCUUGCAGCUGAAUGGAUGAAGUUGACUGAAAACAGCAUUUCAGAGUCAUGGGCAGUUAAGAAAAGAACAACAGUGUGAUGUUUUCAGAUGGCACUUUCUACAGUGCUGCUUGAGUUAUGAAUAGUGAGAGUGCCCUGGGAAGUUUGACUUCACCCAGUUUCCUUGUGACUCCAAAGCAAUGACAGGAUGUUAUGUGCACAUCUGGCAGCAAUACCACCUCACAAGAGUAUCACAUGGAACCAACUGGGGAUUUCGCUGUGCUCUUUGAGAUUAUUUUAGCACUUUGCAGUGUUUUUUUCUGAACAGGCUUUGAAUUAAAUUCCUGAUUGAUACAAUGUGUAUAUUGAAGAGCAGAAAACAAUUUCCAUCAACAGUGGCAGAAGGAUACCUGGUGUUCAGGGAUAGCUAGGGGUGAGGGAGAAAUUACAGUCUUGCUGGUGGCUUUAGAGAUCAGUGGUAGGAAAACAUUUUCCUCAUGUUUUAUUCAAUAUGCCUCAAAAUCCUAUAAGGUAACCUGUGUUUCUACAUUUGACAUUAUAGAUGUGGUUGAUUUUGUUUGUUUAUUAUUUUUAACUUGUGGUUCAGUAGCAGUAAUAGCUCUAGAAACCUUUUGAAAACCUUUGUAAAUAUGGUGGAGCUAGCAGGUUCUUUGUAACUCAAUAAAUUCACCUGAAAUAGAA